GGUGGUCUUGUCGCUGUCUGAGACCCGCGCUUGCGUAAGGCCUGGGAGCCCGAAGACCGAGGACACCCGGAUAUGAGGUGACCCGGAGCCACCCGCGGGCCUGUGAGGGGACACCCCGAGAAGGGUCGGCGCUGAGCAGGGUGUGAGUGUCAGGGCAGGCCGGGCUCGGAGAGGAAUCCUGGGACCCCCCAGCGCAGGCCUCGGGGGCCGCUUCAUGGACACAGCCCUGGGAGAGCCGCCCGCAAUGGAGAUGGACGAGCAAGAAGCCUUGAAGUCCAUUAUGAAGGACUUGGUUGCCCUUCAAAUGGGUCGACGACAUCGAAUGCCGGGGAUUGAAGGGGUGAAGACAAAAGCCAGCAACCUGCCCAACAAACAGAAUGAUGUUCGGAUAAAGUUUGAAUACAAUGGAGAGAGGAGAAUUCUACAAUUCAGCCGGCCUGUAAAAUAUGAAGACGUGGAGCUGAAAGUGAAAAGUGUGUUUGGACAGCCGCUGGACCUCCACUACAUGAAUAAUGAACUCUCCAUCCCUCUUCGAAGUCAGGAUGACAUUGACAAAGCCGUGGAUCUCUUAGACCGCAGCUCCAGUAUGAAAAGUCUUCGCAUCUUGCUUCUUUCUAAUGACAGAAACCACGUACCUUCACCACACUCGGGUGUUCAGAAACAGGUGCGGAUAAAGUCCUCGCAGUCUGUGGGGGAUGUUAGCACAGCCUAUCACCCGGCAGAGAGCCGCAGCCGUCACCUGUCAGUCAGUUCUCAGAACACUGGCCGCAGUUCCCCACCUCCGGGGUAUGUACCGGAGAGGCAGCAGAGGAUCGCACGGCAAGGAUCCUACACAAGCAUCAAUAGUGAGGGGGAGUUUAUACCAGAGGCCAAUGAGCAGUGUAUGCUGGAUCCCCUGAGCAGUACAGAGAAUUCUGUGUCCGGCAGUUGCCAGUCUCUAGACCGAUCAGAGGACAGCCCAUGCUUCAGAAAGUCUCGUAUGUCUAGAGCACAGAGUUAUCCAGACAACAGACAGGACUUCUCGGAUCGCGAGAAUCAAUUCUGUGACAGGGCGGGCAAGGGAGGGACCUAUCCACGGAGAUACCACGUGUCUGUUCACCACAAAGAUUACAACGAUGGUCGUAGGACAUUUCCACGGAUUCGUCGUCCUCAAGGGAACCUCUUCACCCUAGUGCCAUCCAGCCGUUCCCUAAGCAGCAAUGGGGAAAAUAUGGGUCUUACUGUACAAUACCACGAAACCCGAAGUCGGAUACGCAGUGCGGACAGUGAGAACACCCUGAGUGUGCAGGAGAGGAAUGUAUCCAUGAAAUCUCCGAGCGCUCCAAUAAACUGGCUUCGGGGGAAGCUCUUGGGUCAAGGAGCAUUUGGAAGAGUUUAUCUGUGUUACGAUGUGGACAUAGGAAGAGAACUGGCAGCCAAGCAGGUCCAAUUUGACCCGGACAGUCCGGAAACUAGCAAGGAGGUGAGUGCUCUGGAAUGCGAGAUCCAGCUUCUGAAGAACCUGCAUCAUGAAAGAAUCGUACAGUAUUAUGGCUGCCUGCGAGACAAGGGAGAGAAGACUCUUACUAUCUUUAUGGAAUACAUGCCAGGGGGCUCCGUGAAAGAUCAGUUGAAAGCUUAUGGGGCCCUCACUGAGAAUGUCACCCGCAGAUACACUCGGCAGAUCUUGGAAGGUGUCUCCUACCUGCACAGUAACAUGAUUGUGCACAGGGACAUCAAGGGAGCCAAUAUCCUUCGGGAUUCUGCCGGCAACGUCAAGCUGGGAGACUUUGGUGCCAGCAAGCGGCUACAGACAAUAUGUAUGUCAGGGACUGGGAUUCGUUCUGUGACCGGGACGCCAUACUGGAUGAGCCCAGAGGUUAUCAGUGGAGAAGGCUAUGGGAGAAAAGCUGAUGUCUGGAGCCUCGGCUGCACUGUGGUGGAAAUGCUCACAGAAAAACCUCCUUGGGCCGAAUAUGAGGCCAUGGCAGCCAUUUUUAAGAUUGCCACCCAGCCAACUAACCCCCAACUGCCUCCGCACACAUCAGAACAAUGUCGGGACUUUGUUAAGCGGAUACUGGUGGAUGCACGGCAGAGACCUUCUGCCGAAGAACUGCUCCGACAUCCUUUUGCUCAGCUCACGUAUUAGUUUCCCUGCUCUCAACGUGGACCUUACUCCAGCGCUUGCACAUAUCACACGGGGGGGCCGUGGACAUUUGAGGGGAUUGACACGUGAUUAAAGCAAGCGGUGGAUACGACAAUCAUUCCCUCCGUGCUGCGUCGAGAGCCGGUUACAGAGCCAGCAGCCAGGGAUACAAAGUCAGUGUUAAUGUAUCAAAGUAACUGUAUUAUUUAUAUGUUGGAGGCCCUUUGAUAUCAAGGAUGAAAAAAUGCGUCUCUACACCGCAAGAUAAAAAUAGAGCAUGAGGUGUAAAAAAAAAAAAAAAAGCCACAUUCUCUCCAAAAAGACUGCCCCACCUCUUCCACGACAAGUGCCUUACUAUUGUUACAGGGAAGGAAACCUGAAGAACUGCAUGCGGGAUUUCAAUGUUUUUUGGGAGAAGGGAAUCCAAAUGGAGAAACACAAGGCCCAUGCAACAAGAGCGUUAUCUCUGCGGAUCACUCUUCCUGACCAAAUCUAUCUAUUAACGCUGUAUAGCGCAGAAAUAUUUCUAUUCGCCACUGUAUACAUGGGCAUAUUGUCAACUGAAAUGGUUUAAACCAAAUUGUGCCUUAGGAGUAAGCACGCAUGUGACACGUUUUACGUCCACACGUUAGCCAUUUAUUCCACUGUAAUUUUAUACGUAGAAGAUAAAUGUACAAAGCUGGUGAGUAAGCCUUCACUUGGUAUUUUAUAAAUACAUUCCAUUUAAACACGUUCCACCGCUGAAAUAAUGUUACAUAGUUAGACGGCACUAUGACUAAACCAAAGUUAGCUCUUCUUCAUUCUGAAGAGAGAGGGACAGGUUUUUUGUAAAGUGCCCUUUGGGUAUCCAGUAUUCGAGUGCAAGGAUGACGACACGCACCCUAAAAAAAAUGUCGAGAGAUAUGUAAACCACACUGUAUAUCAUAUGCACUCAAAGCACAUGAAAUAUUUAAAUUAGUGUUACCUGUUCUUCUAUACCAUGUCCGUUGUCUUUCCACCCCUUCUUAUUUUUGGCCAGUAAUAGCCACAAUCUGCCAUGCAUCAUGAGUGUAUUGCUAUACAUGUUUUUUUAAAGAGACACUCCAGACCCCUAGAGCAUUUUAGAAUUUUUUUUAUUAUCUUACUUUUUUUUUUUACAAAAAGUCCAGAUUACAAUAGAAAUUUACACUUUAUUAAAUGAACCCCAUUGCCCCGCUGUCAAUCAGACAAGCGUUCCUGUUACUUCCUGGUUGUUUUGCUCAGUCAAGCCAAACUCAAUAGGAGACAAUUGCCCAGAGCACCUGCCUUGCCAAGACUUCUCAUUGAGCUGUAUUGGCAAGUCUGUGAUUGGACAGCCACAGAAAGUCUGGGCGGGGUUAGAAGGGGAGGGCUUGCAAUGGGUGCAGACAAGAGAUCUGUAGGUUUUGCACAUUGUUUUUAGAUUUACCCCUAUUGAAAAGAAGCAUAGUAAAAUGCAUUGAUCGGGAGUACAUUUUUUUAUUUUGGCAUUGGGGCGUCCCUUUACAUUAAUGUAAAGAAUUGGUAAACACUGGAGAAGGACAUUGGUGGGCCAAAAGUGAACCCUAGCUGUAGAUAAACUUGGUAAGUCUUAUGCUUCACCAUCAUUGAGAUUGGCACAGUUCCAGUUUUACAACAGCUCGAGAUCUAUGCUUUUCCCUCCCCCGGUGUACAGCAUUUUGGAGCAGAAUGUGUUCACUCAGUCUACUGAGCCCAUAACUGCCCUUGUGGACCGCACGUUCUCAAACUUUCAAUUCAAAUCAGGGUGUACGCUUUAGGGGAUUUUAAGAUAUAUAUGCCUUUCAUGUUACUUUGGUGAGACAUGCUUAGUUGUUUUGAUGUGCCAAGGCAAUGAAUGAUGUAAAAAAUCUUUUUUUUAAAUGCACUUUUUGGUGACAUCACAAAUAUCUGACAAACAUUUAGAUUUGUCAUUGGCCAUUUGAGAUCUGAUGCUAAGCUGUAAUUUCGAGUACAUUUUCUGAGAUGCCUGCAUGCGCCUUUAAGUGUGAGCGUGCAGGCCGGUCUAUGCCGUGCCUUUCUUCCCGUCUUUAUAUCACAACAUUUGUCUAUGUGCCAAUGGCUCAGUUUAUUCCUCCAGCUUGCUUUGUAUGUGUUAUCAGAGAUCCAUGACCAAAAACGGUAACGGCUGAUUAAAGUAGAAGGUUUUGUUUAUGAUACAGCAUCCAUCUUUUAUUGUUUUGUACCUUUGUCUCAUUGUAUCCCUUGUCUGGCAUCCUUUGCUUGCCGAUCUCUCUCUCUCCUCUCCCACUAUCUACAGAAAGAAAGUCUGAAAGAGAGAGAACGUAACUCUUUCCUCAAACAUCUGGGAAAUAAAUGUGUUAGUCUACAAAUCUGUGUCUGAAUUCCAAAAGGCAAUUUAUCAGAAAUCUGUGAUGUCACCAAAAGCAGGAUUCUUGCUCUGUUUUCAUCUUCUGCAUAAAGUACAAAGUGGUUCAGCCACUCCAAGAUCAGAAACGG